AAUAGUAUUUAAAACUUUAAGCACCCAUAUCCGCUCAGCCAGCUGCUUUUAACGAGACUCAUGCUCUACCUCAUCACUGCAGGAUUCGUCUCUUGCCGACUGUGAGCAUGUUUUGUUUGAAUGUGAUCAAGGUGUGCAUGAUGCUGGCUGUGUGUGAGAGGGGGGGGCCCAGAAGGUGCAAGGAUUGUUCUCCUCGCAGAUGAAUUGUUUCUCGUUGGAAUAUAUACACGCUGAGCCACCAUGUUGACCCACCUCAGAGCCCGUAGCAGGAGCUUGUUCCCCAGCUACAAGCCCAGCAGCCAGACUCAGGAAGGACCGGCUGAGCACCUGGACUUGAUCACAACCUUUGUUAAACCAUGGAACUCCAUGCAGGAUCUGAGCAGAGAUAUCUAUGAUCUUUACGCUGAGUAUGAACGUGAAGAGGUGGAGGACCGGCUACCAGGGUCACCUUCACGCAUCCUGCGCUCUCCUACCAGACACCUAACCCUCAACAUCAAUGUUGGUGGAAUGGUGUACCUCCUGCCCUAUAGGUUGGCCGCCAGAUAUCCGACGACACGGAUCGGUCGGUUGGCCACGUACACGGACCACAGCAGGAAACUGGACCUGUGUGAUGACUAUGUUGUUCACAGCAACGAAUUCUUCUUUGACCGAGAUCCAAAAAUCUUCCACAGCGUUUUUAACUUCUACAGAACUGGGGUGUUGUGCAUUAAAGAUGAGCUUUGUCCUCACAACUUCUUGGAGGAGAUACACUACUGGGGUGUCAGAAUCAAAUACAGCCAACGCUGCUGCCGCAUCUCCUUCGAAGAGCGGCAGGACGAGCUGAAUGAACAGCUCAAAGUGCAGAAAGAGCUGCUUGAAGAGCUGGAGCUGGAGGAGAACGAGGCUGUGUAUGACCACAUGGCCUUCGGUUUGACUCGUAGGAGAAUCUGGAAUCUGAUGGAGAAGCCAUUUUCCUCAAUCACUGCCAAGCUGAUGGCGGUGGCGUCCUCUCUCUUUGUGCUCGUGUCACUGGUUGCCAUGACGCUCAACACCGUGGAGGAGAUGCAGUACAAGACACCAUCCGGUCAGCCCAGUGGCAGGUUCUAUGGAGAGAGUGUCGAGGCGUUCUGCAUCACCUUCUUCACCCUGGAGUACCUGCUGCGCCUGAUUUCUACCCCUGACCUUAAGUGUUUUGGUCGUAGUGUGCUGAACACUGUGGAUCUCAUCGCCAUCCUGCCACAUUACUUGCAAAUGAUGCUGGAGUGCUUUGAAGAUGAGGAUAUGCACCUACACUCUGGAGACAUUACGACUGUAGCACGUGUCGGAAAGGUAGGUCAGGUUCUGAGGAUCAUGCGUCUGAUGAGAAUCUUCAGGAUCUUGAAGCUGGCUCGUCACUCAACAGGUCUCAGAGCCUUCGGCUUCACGCUGAGACAAUGCUACCAGCAGGUGGGCUGUUUACUGCUUUUCAUUGGCAUGGGGAUUUUCAUGUUUUCAGCCAUGGUUUACAGUGUGGAGCAUGACGUUUACAACACCAACUUCACCUCCAUGCCACAGGCAUGGUGGUGGGCUACUGUGAGUAUUUCUACUGUGGGCUACGGCGACAUGCUCCCAGAGACCAACCUCGGACGCAUAUUCGCCUUUGGCUGCAUCUCUUUUGGCGUCAUCCUCAACGGCAUGCCAAUCUCCAUGCUUUACAACAAGUUCUCCGACUACUACAUCCAACUCAAGACCCAUGAGUACGCCAUGGCCGACAAUGCCCGUGGUAAGGUCCGCUUCAUUAAGAGGGUGGCAAAGAAGCUUACAGAAGUCUGUGAUCGGAGGUCAAAACCUGGACCACCUGGGUUCUGAAAUCACUGAUUCUGCAAAACCUGACAGUUUAUGUAAUUAAAGUAAAAUUCAUGUUGAGCUUCGACUGGACACUGGAUUGUGCUUAACUGUCAGAAAAACUCCAUCCUCCACAUCUAAAACCAGAUGGAUAGGUUUCUCUGCAAAUUUUUUUGUCAGUUGAACUGCAGGAGUGGAGUCUGUCCUAAUGCAAAUAUCUUAAAUAAAUAAGUUGUUUUGUCAGCAAUUGUUGGACUUAUUGUUUUUUUUUUGUUUGUUUUUUACUGGCUGUACUGUUUUCAAAAUGGUCUGAUGCAACAUUUCACUUGGAGCCUUCAUAUGAGGUGAGCCCAGUUAUUUUAGCAUAAAGCAAGGGUGGAAAGUAACAAAUUACAUUUACUCACGUUACUGUAAUUGAGUACUUUUUAUGAGUAAUUUGUAAUUUUCUAAGUAGUUUUUGAAAUAUGUCAUUUUUACUUUUACUCAAGUACAUUUUGACCCAAGUAUUUUACUUCGCUACAUUUGAACCCCCUCACGUUACUGAGUACAAAAUGUAUGGUGAAAAUCUUGUGGGCAUUUUAUUUUGGUUUAUUGUGAAUAGCAGGAUCCUGCGGGCAUUGGGCACUUUAUUUUGUGUUUGAAUACUUUGAUUCUGGUUUUAGUGUUGUCGGUUGGACAAUAUGACUGAAAAUAGUUUGCACUUUACAGUACAGGUUGUGACUGUCCUUUUUGUCCUGUUCUGCGGAAGUAAGAGGAUCAUGUUACUGAGCUCAGCUGAGCUUUUACAAGUGUGGAUGUGUACUUUAAUAUGCCUCGAAGUUAAUUAAAACAACUUGUGCUGGAUUUGAU